GCGCUGGCAAAUCUCCCGCUGCUCUCGAAAUAAUCCGCGAACCGAUUUGGAGGAACGCAGUGUGCGGAAUAGCGUUAAAACUUUUAUUCCACUUUUCUUGCGGCCGUAGCACGCGAUUGCGGUCGGUCUCGAAAGCUAGCUGCAGCUCCGUUCCAACCGACUGAACUACCAGUUGCGCAAGACUCCGUUGAAUUUGCGCAACCGUCGUAGCGCGUGUCUGAUUCUCUGGUGUCUGUUCGAAAGUACGGUAGACGCUGUGCCCCACGGCGCCGAUUGGUGCAGGUGUAGACGACUUUCAAUCGGCGGCGACCGUUCGCCUAGCUUCGCGGGCUUUCGACAGAAAAUGAACCGCGGACGAAACCUACGGUGCCAAUGGCCAGCAGGCGCACGAUAGCGCUGCGGGUGACGGGAUCCCUCAGCUCAGUCGGGGUCGUGCGCGAUCUAGCCCCCUGCCGGUUGCACAAUACUGUCCACUGCCUCGUGUGCAGCCGCACCAGCAGCAACAGCAGCAGCCAGGGCCGCAGCCGGAGCUGCAGCCGGCCAUGUGGUGGCCCAGUGCUGCAUUCCGCCUGAUCCGGCCCCCCGUGUUAGUGUUCCCACCCUCGGUGGCUGCACAGGGUGCCGUCGGGGCCCUGACCAACAGUGUUAGGCCUACGGCCCCUCUGCCGGUCGCAAGCUGGAUUGCCCUAGGCAGGGCCCGACUGCUGCACGCCAACGCCAUGGCUGCCAACCCAGACGUGUUGCUGGAUGCCGGCCAGUUGCCACUGCCCUGCAACAAGCGCAGGCCAGGGUCACCAAUGGUCUGUGACCUUGCCGAUCCCUCCUCCGGGGCCAGGCCAAAGAGGCGCUUCCCUGAGCAACCACCAGCUGAGGUGAUGAUGGAUGUCACUGAUGCUGUGAUCAGCGAUGACCAGGUGGGCAGUGGUGUUGACACUGCCAGCACACCAGCUGCCGAGAGAGGAUAUGACCCAGUCCUUGCUGCCUCGAACGUGAAGCAGCGCAUACGCAAGAGCCGGUACUGGGUGCCCACCGAUCUAGGGCAGCUGCAUGGCGGAAGUGGCACCUCCAGCAGUCGCAAGGACCUCGUGUUCACGGUGCUGUCGUACAAUGUUCUGGCACAAGGCCUUUUGGAGGACAACCCCUACCUCUACCAGCACUGUCACGAGGAAGUGCUCCAGUGGCCCCUGCGUCGACAGAACCUCCUUGCUGAGCUCAGGGAGGCCAACGCUGACAUCCUCUGCCUGCAAGAACUUCAGAAAGACCACUACGAGCUGGACUUCAAGCCCGAGCUGGAGAAAAUGGGUUAUGGCUGCCUCUACAAGCAGCGCACGGGCGACAAGCGGGAUGGCUGCGGCAUCUUCUUCCGCAAGUCCGUCUUUGAACUGGACCGCUUCGAGCCAAUCGAGUACUCCCGCUCUGACGUUACCGUUCUUGACCGCGACAACGUCGCGCUUAUCGCUAUGUUGAAGCCGGUUGCCGGUGCUGCCAAGUUUGGUAAGGACUUCCGGCUGUGCGUGUCAACGACCCACCUGCUGUUCAACCCGCGCCGUGGAGACAUAAAGCUUGCCCAGCUGUGCCUCCUGCUCGCCGAAAUAGACCGGCUGGCAUUCUGCGGAGACUCACCAGACGGCGUGCCGCUGUACUUUCCCAUCCUGCUGUGCGGCGACAUGAACAGCGAGCCACAUUCGCCACUCUACACUUUUCUCACCCGUGGAAGCCUGUGCUAUGAAGGACUCCUCUCUGGUGACGUGUCUGGGCAGAGUGACGGUGCGAAUCGAGGAAGGUACGUGCCCCUCGAUGCCAGCCUCCGUCAGCUCAACAUCUCUGGUUCUUCCCGAUACCUACCAGUGCCAGCCAAGGAACAUACAUCUCAGGACAGUGACACUCGUGCAGCCAAUUCGGCACAGCAGGGCGUAGAAUCGAACGACGCUUUGAACCUCACACAACCUGGAUCUGCAACAAGCAGUGCUACUGCAAACGAAUCGGCGAGUGACUCCCUAAAGAAGGACUCGCCAUCAAACUCGGCCACAAAUAGUCCUGCAAAGGGCUCGCAAGCGAAAAGCCCUGCCACGAAAGAUGCAGCGCCGGCAACGAAGGCGUCUGACGCAAAUGGCUCGACGCCGGCCAAGGAAGGGUGCAACAGCAGUCAGCUGCGCAUCGUGAGGCACUUCCUGAACCUGAUCUCCGCCUACAAGCACAAUGUCAAGGGCGCUAACGCCGAAGUGACCACGCACCACCAACGUGCGAGUUGCACCGUCGACUACAUCUUCUACUCGGUGAAAAGGAAGGACACAAUGUUUAGGGAGGGCCAAGUGAAACAUACCAGUGUGGUCGAGGGACCUCUACGAUUGCUGGCGACGUACCGCUUGAUGUCGCAGAACCAGCUCAUGGCCAUUGGUGGGCUGCCUAAUGAAGUGCAGUCGUCGGAUCACCUUCCUCUGAUCGCCAAGUUUCUGCUUAGACCGCCCAGCUAGUAUUGGCGAUAAAUGAAGGUCAACACGUCACUGUCAUCGGACUUCAGUCAGUGUAAAUAGUGUUGCUUCCAAUGCGAACAACAUGGCCUUCCAUUUUUCAGGCACCACCGAAGCAGCAAGUAUGGUGCGGUAGUCAUCAGUUGCACGUGCUCUGCGACCAAGAGGCAUUACUCCCGUGUGCCACCAUGCGCUGCAUCGUUGUACGAGUGCGCUGUACAAGUUCACCGCCUCAUUUUACUGUAGUUUUUAGAAGACAAUGUUCAUUACCAAUGCUUGCGAAAAUGCAAUCAUGGGAUCAUUACUGGUUUUAAAGCAGAUUUCUGUACAAAUCUCGCGAUACUUGAAUUAAUAGUGAAUAUCGGAAAAAUAUUUCUUAUGGGAAAUUUUUGUUAGUAGUGUGAUCAGUGUACCCUUAAGCCUGAGCAAUCAUGCUGCCUCAAUUAAGUUUGCCCUGUCUUUCGGAACCCCGUGAGAACUUUGUGCUGGAAUGAGAGCGAAAUUAUUUUUCCGAAAAAAAUAAAUGUUGAAUGUAUGUA